UCAGGCAGCAUCAGUAUCGGGACAUGGCAGGGGCAGCAGCGCGAGUGCCGGGGGAUGCCUCAGCACGUCUCCCCGUGUCAGCGCGGCUUGCUAUCCUGCUCGUCUUCACCGGUGUGUGCAGUAACGAGGUGCUGGUGCCCAAGCGUGUCAGCGUGGUGCUGGGGCAGAAUGCCAGCCUAGGCUGCCAUGUGGAGGUGGGCACCAACCUCAGCCUGACCCAGAGCUCCUGGGAGCGCCUCUUACCCACCGGCAUGAUCACCGUGGCCGUCUUCAACCCCCAGUUCGGCAUCUCCGUGGCCAAGGAAUACCGAAGUCGUGUGCGCUUCCUCAACCCUUCCGUGGAGGAUGCCUCCAUACUGCUAGAGGGAGUGGGCUUUGCAGAUAUCGGCCCCUACACCUGCAAGGUUGUCACCUUUCCACUCGGAAACACUCAGGCCUCCACGACCCUGGAUGUCAUGGUUGAGCCAAAGGUCUACGUGUCAGCAGGCUCUGUGCUGGUAGAUGGAGACCAAGACGUUGUCGUGGCCACGUGCACAGCUGAACGAGCUCUCCCACCAGCCUGGGUCUCCUGGGAGACGGAGUUGUCGGGCCGCUUGAAGGAGUUCACCCAGGAAGAGCCCAAUGGCACCGGCACCACCACGCAGGUGGGCUACGUCUGGUCUCCUCACAGAGAUGCUCGCGGACAUGCCCUCAUCUGCGUGGUGCGCCACCCCGCCCUCGUCACGGAGCUCCGCAUUCCCUACGUGCUCGACGUGCAGUUUGCUCCAGAUGUCCUGGUGGAAGGCCAGGAUGAGGUUUGGUAUGUGGGACAAGAGAAUGCCAAGCUGGACUGCAGAGCGGAUGCCAAUCCUGUCCCUCACGCCUUCUUCUGGACGAGGCUGGAUGUGCAGAUGCCAGAAGGAGUUGUCAUAGCAAACGGAAGUCUGCGCUUCACUCGUCCUUUACGGAAAAACAAUUCUGGAACUUACAGGUGUGAUGUUCAGAAUGCCGUUGGACUGCGCUCUCAGGAAGUAGACAUCUGGAUACGAGAGCGUCCACCCACCACUGCCGUCCCCACCACCCGUGAGCAUGUCACUAUUCGCUCCUCCAGCACCUCCCCCGCCAUGCGCCAGGCCCACUUCACCUCCCCGACAUUGGCCUCUCCACCAGCUGGCAUUGUGGGCGGGGCCGUGGGCGGCGUCCUGUCUCUGGCGCUGCUGCUGGGGUGCGGGACGCUGUGCUACGUACGACGGCGCCGGACGUUCCGCGGUGACUACUACACCAAACACUACACGGGCCCCUGUGACAUGCAGAAGGAAUCCCAGCCGGACCAGAUCCAGUCCCACCAGCUUCUCCACGUGUUCGCCAACGACUCGGGACAUGGCAGCCAGGACCUGAAACUCAAACCUGAUGGAGACGUCAUCUACCCCAAUUACCCCAAAGACGAGGGCGGGUGGGGCGACAGCCUCCAGAGGCCGUGCACUUAUUAUCCCGACGAUGAGGAUGAGCGCCACCACAAGGUUAAUCCGAGCAGGCCGCACAGCCCCACACUGAACAAUGGCGCCCCCUACAUUCAGGAUGAUUGCUACGAUAACUGCACGGAUUGCGACUAUGUGUCCCACACGGACGGAUCUGUUAUCUCUCGCAGGGAGUGGUAUGUGUGAAAGCUGGAGAGAGGAGCAUUGCUUGAAGACAGUCAUUUAAAAGCGAAUAAAGAAUACAGUAUUACCAAACCGACAAGAAUGAAAGAGCGUAUGUCCUGAACAUUCAAGGCUGAUUUAUUAGCCGCCAUAUUUGAGGAAAAUCUGAAGGACAUCUUUCACUGAUUUCUAGUCCACAUUAAAUGCCUGUUAUUUUGUAUUUCUAAUGUAAGGGGAGAGGUUCACGUUGCUCGUGAUCACAGAGUAGCCCAGGCAAUGAAAACAAGCUUGCUAAAAUUAAGCUUCUGUGUGUGUGUGUGUGUGUGUGUGUGUGUGUGUGUGUGUGUGUGUGUGUGUGUGUGUGUGUGUGU